AUGGUUCUUUAUAAAGCUUUGUGGAUAGGUGGAGUUUUGGCCUUGUUGCAUUCAUUAUUAUCGGCUGCUCAAGUGCAAACAGCACAAGAAGGAUCUUUACCUUUGGAUAUUGUUGUUGAAUGUUUAAUUGGAGCACUUUCAAGCUCUUUUGCUUUUGUAAAAUUGAAUACUAGUGUGAUAUAUGAUGAUGAUGGAAUUUCUGUGGCAAAAUCAAGUCCAAAUCCUGGUAGAAUUACCGACGGAUGGAAGAAUAUUGAUGCUACAAAAGCAAUUGCUUCAUCUAAAAUAACUGUCGAGAGCAUCAAUAAUAGAGUGAACUUUUCUCACUUUAAUCAUAGAGCAAAAUACUUAUACAGAGAAGAUGGAAAUGUUGAUAAUUAA